GGGCAGUGGAGAGAGUCGUCGGCGCACACGAGGGCUCGCGUUGAGUGCUGAGUCGGAGGCACGCAGCUUGCUCUCUCUCUUUUUCCCCCCUGGUGUCGCCGUGAGAAACCGGCUCUGUAUUUUAAGAAGAAGAAAUAAAGAAAAGGAGGUGAAUACAGUAGGGGGAAACUUUAAUCUUUUAAGACGGAAGGACAGCGGAUCCAUUGCUCUCCGUGGCCGUGAAAAGAGAAACGAGCAGAUUGUCCGAAAACAUACGAUUGAGAAAAUACAGAAUAAUUAAGCGCUAAAAAGCACGAUGGACCCGAGAGACACUGCCCCGGAUUCGUGGGAACAGGAGGAUGAGGUGGAGGCCCCGACCGACGCACAACUUCAGUCCGCCUUCACCGGACUCAACGUGAAUGCCAAGCCCUUCGUCCCCAACGUCCACGCCGCCGAGUUUGUGCCGGCCUUCCUGCAGAAGGGGGCCUCCGAGAACGCAGAGAGCGCUGCUGAAUCUCCAUCACAGGAACAACCAGUCUCAUGUGGCGGUUUCGAUAAAGUCACCAGCAUGGAAAUAUGUGACACAUCUGCACCUUUGGAAAAUGGUGAAGCAGAAAUGACACAAGAAGAGUCAUGGGAACAAAAAGAGGAGCCAAAUGAGGCGGAACCAGGAGGCGGCCCUGCAGGAGACAGGGGACCUGUGGAAGAAGCAGCACAAGAAAUGAUGGAGGAGGAGGAAGAGGUUUCUGCACCCAAAGUAGCCAUUGCACCACCAGAUGCUCCUAAAAAGGAACACGUGAAUGUAGUGUUCAUUGGGCAUGUUGAUGCUGGAAAAUCAACAAUUGGAGGACAGAUCAUGUAUCUUACAGGAAUGGUAGACAAACGAACCCUGGAAAAAUAUGAAAGAGAAGCAAAAGAGAAGAACAGAGAAACCUGGUACUUGUCUUGGGCUUUGGAUACAAACCAGGAGGAAAGGGACAAGGGCAAAACAGUAGAGGUGGGAAGAGCAUAUUUUGAAACGGAAAAGAAGCACUUUACCAUUCUGGAUGCUCCUGGUCACAAAAGCUUUGUUCCGAACAUGAUUGGUGGCGCAUCACAAGCUGACCUAGCAGUAUUGGUUAUCUCAGCCAGGAAAGGGGAGUUUGAGACAGGAUUUGAAAAGGGGGGCCAGACGCGAGAGCAUGCCAUGUUGGCAAAAACAGCAGGCGUAAAACACCUGAUAGUCCUCAUCAACAAAAUGGAUGACCCCACUGUAAACUGGAGCAUAGAGAGGUAUGAGGAGUGUAAAGAGAAAUUAGUGCCAUUUUUAAAGAAGGUCGGCUUUAAUCCAAAAAAAGACAUUCAUUUUAUGCCCUGUUCGGGACUGACAGGGGCCAACCUGAAGGAGCCUGCAGAUUGUUGUCCAUGGUAUACAGGAUUACCAUUUAUUCCACAUCUGGAUAGCUUGCCAAAUUUUAACAGAUCAAGUGAUGGACCAGUCAGACUACCGAUAGUAGACAAGUACAAGGAUAUGGGAACGGUAAUCCUUGGAAAACUAGAGUCUGGAUCAAUCUGUAAAUCACAGCAACUUGUAAUGAUGCCAAACAAGCAUAAUGUUGAGGUCCUGAGCUUGCUGUCAGAUGAUGUAGAGACGGAAUAUGCUGGACCUGGAGAGAACCUGAAACUAAGGCUGAAGGGAAUUGAAGAGGAGGAGAUCCUGCCAGGAUUUAUUCUCUGUAAUGCAGAGAACCUUUGUCAUUCUGGUCGCACUUUUGAUGCCCAGAUUGUUAUCAUCGAACACAAAUCCAUUAUCUGUCCAGGUUAUAAUGCAGUGCUGCAUAUCCAUACCUGUAUUGAAGAAGUCCAAAUAAUAGCCUUAAUCUGCCUUGUAGACAAAAAGACAGGUGAGAAGAGUAAGACAAGACCUCGCUUUGUGAAACAAGACCAAGUUUGCAUCGCCCGCUUAAAGACGGCGGGAACAAUCUGCCUUGAGACAUUCAAAGACUUUCCGCAAAUGGGUCGCUUUACUUUGCGGGAUGAAGGCAAGACUAUUGCCAUUGGCAAGGUGCUGAAGCUGGUACCAGAGAAGGAUUAGAAGGGGUGCUGUGAUUGACCAGCACAGUUAACUGUAAUGAAUAAAGUGGACUCGACUACAGACGCCUUCUUCUUUUAAUGACCUUCUGCCCAGCGAAGAAAAAAAUAAACUUCUUUGAAAGUAAAAGAAUGAAAGAAAAAAAAUCUGUUUUUAAAAAAUAUAUAUAAAUAAUAUUAAGUCCACAUGUGUCAGCUUUCUCAUAUUGAGAGCUCAGCUAUGCCAAUUGUCAAUUUUCACUCCUUGUACACUUCUGAAUAACACAUCAAACAGGUAAAUAUUUCUCUUCCAAGUUUUGCUUCCUUCAGAGAGAAAGUGGCAGCAGGUACCUUUAAAAAAAAAAUGUGGACUUGGGUCACUUUUGAGUUGAGAAAAGCGAGAGGAACAAACCGACGCAGUGAAACCAAAAUAAUAUCCUGGUUGUGUGUUUGCUUUUUAUUAAGAUCAACGGCAUCAAGAUUGAUUUCGUGACAAAAUAAAUUGAAAAGACGACAAAGUGUGCAAGAGUGUGUUCACAUGUUAAGACAACUUCAAUGACAAUAAAAUAUAACAUUCUAAAACAGA